UACUUUGGUCUCGCUUAUUCUAUACACUUGAAGCGCACAAUGCGAAUGAUUAUUGUUCCUUGUUGUCUUGCCCUAUUUGUGGCAUUAGUCACAUGCGAGGGUACUGCUGCAGAGGACAAAAAAGCAGAGGAAACUGAAGUUGAAGCCAAGGAGUCACAAAAUGUGGAGAAACGUGGUCUGCAUGGAUCCUUUGGUGACUGGCACGAUUAUGGUGAUCACCAUCACGAACACAUCAAGACGGUAACCAUCGAAAAGAAGGUUCCGGUUCCAUACACUGUCGAGAAGCACGUUCCUUACACCGUGGAAAAGAAGGUUCCUUAUGAAGUGAAGGUUCCAUAUCCCCAACCCUAUGUCGUGGAGAAGAAAGUCCCAGUUACUGUGAAGGAAUACGUCAAAUACCCAGUACAUGUGCCUGCUCCAUACACCGUUGAGAAGAAGGUGCCUUAUGAAGUUAAGGUUCCAGUCGACAAACCAUACGAAGUGAAGGUUCAUGUUCCUCAACCUUACACCGUCGAAAAGAAGGUCCCUUAUGAAGUCAAGGUUCCGGUUCCAGUGCCGUACACCGUCGAAAAGAAGGUCCCAUAUGAAGUGAAGUAUGAGGUCCCAGUGCCCAAGCCAUACACCGUCAUCAAGAAGGUUCCUUAUGAAGUGAAGGUCCCAGUUGACAAACCUUACAAGGUCGAGGUUGAGAAACCUUACCCAGUUGAGGUGCCAAAACCAUACCCAGUCGUCGUUGAAAAGAAGGUCCCAUACGAGGUGAAGGUUCCGGUUGACAAACCAUACAAGGUUGAAGUGCCCAAGCCAUACAAGGUCGAAAUCAAGGUCCCAGUCCCAGCUCCAUACACCGUCGAGAAGAAAGUACCAUACACCGUCGAGAAGGCUGUCCCAUAUGAGGUCAAGGUCCCGAUCGAUAGACCGUACCCAGUGUACAAGGAAAUCAAGUUUCCAGUCCACAAGGAAGUACCAUACCCAGUUAAGGUCCCAGUCCAUGUACCAGUCCAUGUACACAAAGAAGAACAUCAUGAUCAUUCCUAUGAGCACCACGAUUUCCACUAAACUAUUAUGACCACUCCCCAGCUAAUCUAGCUUCUACCUGAUUUUCUCCCAUCUGAACUGAACUGAUUUUCAGAAUGUUUAACGUUCCUCCUUUUUGUUCCGCAGUUUACGCGCAAGCCCAUACGAAUCAUUUCAUUAAUUUGUGAUCUUAAAGUAGUUGUUAAAGCGAGACAUAUUUUGUAGAGAGUGUUGACUUCUUAGAGCACCAUCCACCAGAUCGGUGGUUGGUAUUUCGAGAAGUAAAUCCGUUGUUAAUUAUUGUUUGUUUUUAAAUACCAUUACGAAAACAAGAUUCGAGAGCCUCGAAACCAUUCUCUAGAAAACGGUUAUUGACCCAGCUACGACAUUUGGAACUUUGAAAGCUGUACCAAAAACUUAAUGUUACCUAUGAAUGAAACUACCAAUACUCCCGGAUAUUUAUGAUGUAAAAUUGAUCAAAUUUCUUGACAUUUCGACUCUUCCUGAUGGAAACCAGAUGUGAUAUAACUUUACUGUUUUCGAACUGAUGUAAAAACCGAAGUAAAUAAAAGCAACCGUAAAGAUGUUUAGCUUUUGAUCAUUUUUACGGCAUAACAAACUAUAACAAUGUA